GUAGGCACGAGGCACGAGACACGUGUCACGCGCGCAUCUACGCCUUGACAAGCUUCGCUGCCAAGUUGAGAUCAGAUCAACUCUGCUUCGAUCAGUGCAAAUCGAACGUUCAAAUGAUGCGGACGUUAUCGCUAAUCGCGUUGAUUUUCGUGGCGGGUGUUACGGCGGUCGUUGCUGCAGGCUGCGAACUGCAAGUGAAGGAUCCGAGGCCGAUUAUCGUGAAGCGGUUCGGCAGCAAGACGGCGAUCGUGAGACGAGCACUCGAUCGCCUCAACAUGUUUCCGAACGAGACGACGACGUUUCACUGCCCGACGGGCAUCAACUUCAACAGCGUAAACAGCAGAGACGCGACAAAACUGAACGUGGCUACUGCGGAGCUGCUCUGCACCGAGGAGGGCUUAUUUCUGGGUUCCAACCAGAUCAUUCAACAGCCGCGCACUAGCGGAAUUAUCAGCUGCUCUGGCGGCUUCAGUAAGAGGCUCUAUGAGAGCAACAGCAGUUUGAUUGGCUGCUCUGACGAUCAGAUGACGCUGGUCGUCGGCUACCGGCUACAGGGCUUACCCGACGUAAAGAUCCUUGGCAUUUGCUACGAUUUGAGUGCAAUGCGUUUCAGAUUCGUUAGCUUUUUAGCUUCUGCGGCGACCAAUUUACUCUUAGAGCUGAACACUGAGAACGAGUUGAACGACGUGCACCUGGACGUCGAUAUCGGCAGUUUGAGUACAUAUUUUCGAUUUCCCACUCAAUCGGAAUUUAAGCAGAUCCAACAGCAGCCGCAACACGAUCUGGGUGAUCUCUUCGAUGCGAAACUCUUCGAGUAUGACAGUUUGCUGCAGGAUCCGGAACAAAAGCGCAAGCUGAGUGCAUAUGGCGAUAUGCUCAGCAUUGUUUGGCUGCGCUCUCUUCGCUCGGGCAACUGGCGCCACUUUUUGAGUGCUCUGCGUAAUACGCACGUUGACUUUGAUGUGCGCUUGGGUGUUUCGGACAUCGCCACGCUGCCGCUGGCAUAUAACUGUAAUGCCACUCGGCCGCUGCAGUUCGUGGGCAGCACCGAAGACAGUUCGGUGCCGGUGCCGGUGCCGAAGUACAUUUGGGCGCAUGUCCGAUCGCUGUAUCCAACGGAUAAUGUGCACGAUGAAUUUGUUGUUGUCGCCCACAAUUCCCCAUACGCGAAUGUGUUGGAGCUGAGCUCUUUCUGUGCGGACAUCUGCUCUGAGAUAACCUGGCUGAGCGACACUCUCUUUGGCCAGCUGCAUUUGGUGCCCAACUAUGGCGUGAUGCACUGCUGUCGCCCCGAUCAGCUCAAUAAGCUAACGGACUUUCCGCGCAUCGAACCGCCGCCGCCACCACCACCCCCGACGAUAUUAAAAACAACAACGCCUUCAACAGUUUUGCUUUAAGAGAGCAGCGACGCGUGCAGAUUACUCUUCUUUGCCAUCAUAUUGGUUGCUUAAAAGUGAGCUUUAAGCUCUCUGUGAUGAUCUCUCAGCUCAUCUGCCGCCAGCCAAGCUUUAAUAUCCGCACAUAAAAAUAAAGUGUGAUGGGGAAAAUGAGGUAUGCUUAAAUUGCAUUUAAUAUUUAAGCAAAUUUGUGAUUAAUUAAGGCAAAACGAUAAUGUGUGCAGAGCCAAUGCAUAAUAUACAAUAUACAUAUAACUAACGAGUGUAGUUUGAAUUAAAAACAGGCCAUCAACAUAAUAAAGAUGUGAUUUUUUAA